AUGGCAGAAGCUAAAUUGGAGGUCGCAAAACAUAUCAAGUAUUGGCAGAGAUGUCUACAUUCUCUAUUGCCUACUGUAUACACCAGUACAGAUUCCUCGCGCAUGACUCUGGGCUUCUUCAUCCUUUCCGCGCUUGAUUUACUCAAUGUUGGCGCAUCUACUUUUCCAGAGUCGCAACGCAGAGCUAUACGAGCUUGGAUACUGAAGUGCCAACAUCCAUUUGGAGGGUUUUGUGGUUCUACUAAUCAUAGGUUUCCUGAUGUUUAUUAUGCAGACGUAGGAAAUGGGAAACGAGAUAUCGACCCUGCGAAUUUACCUGCGACGUUUUUUGCGGUCUUGAGUUUGGGUUUUGUGGGGGGAUUGAAGGAUGUGAAAAGGAAAGAGUGUUUGCGAUGGCUAAAACGAUUGCAGAGGGAAGAUGGAAGUUUUGGGGAGUUCAUUACGGAAGAUGGGAAAAUACAAGGUGGGACAGACAUGAGGUAUUGCUAUGUGGCUACAGCGCUUCGAUGGAUGUUGACUGGAGAUGCGCAUGAGGAGAGGGGAGAGGAUGAUAUCGACGUGGAGAAAUUGGUGGGACACUUAAGGGCUGGGCAAACAUAUGAUGGAGGAAUUUCAGAAAGUGCGCAGCAUGAGGCGCAUGCUGGGUAUACCUAUUGUGCUAUUGCGUCCUUGUCCCUUCUCGAUCGAUUGCCAAAACAGGCCUCUUCGCAACCUACCGAAUCUUCAAGUCCAAAUUCCACCUCGCCAGGUCUUACGAACUUGCCAGAAACUAUUAGAUGGCUGGCAUUGAGGCAGACUUCGUAUAAUGACGAAGAGGAAGAAGAUGAAGAUGAUCACAAUGGAGCGACAUCGGACCAUCACUUUGUACCGGAUAUUGAUUCUACAUUCGUCGGCUUCAAUGGGCGGUGCAAUAAGCGGGUUGAUACUUGUUAUUGUUUCUGGGUUGGGGGAUCUUUAAGCAUGCUAGGUCAUUCCGACGUUAUCAACAAAGAUGGAUCUCGACGAUUCCUGUUUGAGAAAACGCAGCAUAUGAUUGGUGGCUUUGGGAAAACGCCAGGAGAUCCACCAGAUAUCUAUCACUCGUAUCUAGGACUUGCUGCUCUAGCAGUACUGAAAGAACCUGGCAUCAAGGAACUCGACUCCGCAUUGUGUAUCAGUGUGGAUGCCAAGAAGAACAUGAAAGAGCUAAGGAAAGCUGCAUUAGUUCCCUCUAGGACAUAUUGGGUGCAUGGAUACAGUUUCACAGUAAGGGAAGAUAGCCCCCAAUUUGGAGAAAAGAUGGCAAUGGAUGAAGGUCCGCCGAAAAGUCUAAUAGAUGCUUUUGGGGGUGUUAAGAUAGCGGUAUGA